CCAUGGGGACAUUUUAACCACCAGCUGCGGUGACUGGCAAGAGGAUGCAUUUGACGUAAACAAAAAGAACAAAGACCGCCUGCGCCCGCUUGAGGAUCGAAUGAAUUCAACAGCAGGAGGUGACGUCAAAUUCAAGCAUAUUGCUGUGUUGUCGUUUUCAAAAACGUUGGAUUUGGGGCAGAGAAUGGAAAACAAGCUCUUCCCAACUUAACUUGUUGUAUUUUCUGUGACAACAUUUUUUUUUUGUGUUCACCUCAACAACGUCAUUGCUCAGUGACAGAAUGUCAAGUUACGCUAUCUGUUCGGUGUUUUUUUUUUGAGGAUUACAGUAAUUUCUCGUUUACAACAGGGGAAGUGCACCCUGUCCUUUGUCUAACACGAGUUGUUUUUAAACUAUUCAACAUGGACAUGUACGCAUACAAUGGCACCAUUCAUGCGAAAAGAUUGUUUAAUAAUGCUGUUGUGGAGAUUUGGAAUAUGUCUGACAUUAAGAAGGCGAAUCCUCACGGAUGCGAUAACGGGGCUUUGACCGACAGAUUCGGAGUUUUGAUUCAAGGCUUGCUGGGAAUAGUGGCUUUCAGCACAUUGAUGCUUAAGAGGCUUCGUGAACCUGUAGGAAUCAGAAGACCAUGGAAGAUUUGGUUUUACGACACGUCCAAGCAGGCCAUCGGUGCUCUGUUCAUUCACUUGGCCAACGUCUUCCUCUCCAACCUCACAGAAGCGGAUCCUUGCUCCUUGUAUUUGAUGAACUUCCUGCUAGAUGCAACGUUAGGUAUGCUAGUCAUCUGGGCCGCGGUCAAAGUUGCCUCCAGGAUUGUGGAGUACAAGUCGUUCACACUGCUCACCUUCGGAGAAUACGGUGACCCUCCCCAGGCGGCGGCUUGGCUGGGUCAGUGUGGCGUCUACCUGCUCAUCAUGGUCCUGGAGAAGAGCGUGGUCAGCUUGGUGCUACUCAUCCCUGGAUGGACCAAUUUGCAGGCGGUGUUGUUGGAUUACAUCCCUGAUCCCCAGCUGGAGCUUGUGUUGGUCAUGCUCAUUGUGCCCUUCAUCGUCAAUUCCGUCAUGUUCUGGUUGGUGGACAGCCUGAUGAUGAGGAAGUACAAGAUGCUGAAGAACCUGGAAGACACAUGCGAGUCCUGCUCCUCCGUCAAGAAGGCCGACGACGCGUCGCUGUGGGUUGCGAGCCACGAGUCACAGGAGCUGUUGACGGGCGAGACAGACACGGAGGAGGAGGCUGAGGAGGAGAAUGGUUCAACAGUCCGAGGAGGGCCCAGCGUCAGCCUCCCGGGAUGGGGAAUCAUGCCUAGCUGGGUGGAGGCGUAGCUCAGGUACCCUCCUCUGUAAGACGGUGAUACAAGCUGACCGGCCCACCUACACCCAUUCAGGCCCACCUACACCCAUUCAGGCCCACCUACACCCAUUCAGGCCCACCUACACCCACGCAGGCCCAUCUAUACCCACGCAGGCUCAUCUAAACCCACACACCCACGCAGGCCCACCUAGACCCACACACGCAUGCAGGCCAACCUACACCCAUGCAGGCCCACCUAGACCCACCCACGCACGCACGCAGGCCCAUCUACAACCACAAGCACACGCACGCAGGCCCACCUACACCACUCAUGUACGCAGGGCCACCUACACCACACACACACGCAGGCCUACCUACACCCAUGCUGGCCCACCUACAUUUACACACGCAUGCAGGCCCACCUACACCACACACACACACGCAGGCCCAUCUACAACCACACGCACGUAGGCCCACCUACACCCAUGCACGCAGGCCCAUCUACACACAUGCACGCAGGCCCAUCUACAACCACACGCACACGCACGCAGGCCCACCUACACCACACACGCACGCAGGCCCACCUACACCACACACGCACGCAGGCCUACCUACACACACAUGCACCCACGCAGGCCCACCUACACCCAUUCAGGCCCACCUACACCCAUUCAGGCCCACCUACACCCACGCAGGCCCAUCUAUACCCACGCAGGCUCAUCUAAACCCACACACCCACGCAGGCCCACCUAGACCCACACACGCAUGCAGGCCAACCUACACCCAUGCAGGCCCACCUAGACCCACACACGCAUGCAGGCCCACCUACACCCACGCACGCAGGCCCAUCUACAACCACAAGCACACGCACGCAGGCCCACCUACACCACUCAUGUACGCAGGGCCACCUACACCACACACGCACGCAGGCCUACCUACACCCAUGCUGGCCCACCUACAUUUACACACGCAUGCAGGCCCACCUACACCACACACACGCAGGCCCAUCUACAACCACACGCACGUAGGCCCACCUACACCCAUGCACGCAGGCCCAUCUACACACACGCACGCAGGCCCAUCUACAACCACACACGCACGCAGGCCCACCUACACCACACACGCACGCAGGCCCACCUACACCACACACGCACGCAGGCCUACCUACACACACAUGCACCCACGCAGGCCCACCUACACCCACGCAGGCCCACAUACACCCACGCAGGCCCACCUACACCCACACACCCACGCAGGCCCACCUACACCCAUGCAGGCCCACCUACAAUCACACACCAAUGCAGGCCCACCUACACACACGCACACGCAGGCCCACCUACACCACACACACAUGCAGGCCCAUCUACAGCCACACGCACACGCACGCCCACCUACACCACACACGCACGCAGGCCCACCUACACCACCCACGCACACAGACCCAUCUACAACCACACGUACACGCAUGCAGGCCCACCUACACCACACACGCACGCAGGCC